UUUUGCGUUAAUUCUACUACGUAAUAGUAACUAAGUGCGUCAAAUGUUGCAACGAACAUCCGUCUGUGCACUACAUGACCUUCGGUAACCUGGUGCUAUCAUACUCAUGCCAUUCGAUUUUUAACAGCGACUGAGUCUAUCGUAUUGAACAUGAGGAUGCCUUUCUGGACGGACGCGUUUCAACUUUCAAGGGUCGACCUCGGAGUUGUGUCAAGCACCAUUAAUGUUGGUCGAGAGUUUACCACACUGGUUGAGCUGAUCGAUACUCUCACUUUCCACACUUCGCCGUCCCUAGAAUGCUCUAGGCUAGCACUCAACGUGUACCAUCGUAGAUUUCCCGCACCGGUGGUGGCUAUGGUAGCUUCGAGGCAUGAGCACUUGGAGCUUAAUCCCCACAUACUACGUGUGACCGCACCCUUAAAGAGAGGAGCAGAUUGAGCAGUAUGCCCUCAACUUCAUCAUGACCCUCUUACCCUUGGCUAUCCUGUUACUGUUACGCAUCCAGUUUGUUUGCUCCUUACUGCCGGGCCUCAAUGGUGACAGUAUCACUACACUCGACGUCAGUGACUCUCCAUCCAGCAACAACACCAGAACCUUGUGGGACAUCAUCUGGAGUUGCGCUGCGACUCUAUUCGCAUGCACAUGGACUGCAAUUCACCCAAACAUCCCGGGUAUGGACGAGGGGAAAUUCACUGUUUUAUCUCGUCGCCUAGGCAUGAUGAUGAUGGCGCUGAUCGCCCCAGAACUCCUGAUCACCUGGGCCACGUGUCAGUUUCUAAGUGCUUGUGACGCUGCGAAGGCCUUCAAUGAUACCUUUGAUGCGCAACUUCAUCAGACCCGAGACGACUGUCCAGGUACAGGAGAGAGCACAGCUACAUUACUCAAUGAAAUUCCAAUAUCAGAUGGAAGGAACAGUCCUCAUCCGAGCGCUUCGCAGGUUGCAGUUUGCAAUUUUAGAGAAUGGACUAUAACACAAGGUUUUUUUGCGUGGAUGGGUGGAUUCAUGCUCUACUAUAAUGGCAAGCCGCGAGUCACUCUUACACCCAAGGAGCUUGAGCGUUUUGUUCAUGAGAGCUCCGUGGAAGUGCCCAUCAUCGUGGAUGCAGACAUAGAAGAUCGCAGUAAGGGCGACGCAUUAUCCAAAGGCAUCGCCGUUCUUCAGCUGGCGUGGUUCGUCCUCCAGCUUGUCGCCCGUUACGUUCAGAACCUUCCGAUCACACUGCUUGAAGUCGAUACUCUUGCUUUAGCUGCCCUGACCAGCAUUGCCUAUGGCUUUUGGUGGAAGAAGCCUAAGGAUGUAAGACGUCCUCAUGCUGUUUAUUGGAAAGCGACUGCACCUCCGCCAAGUAAUUUAGCCUAUGGCACUGUAAAUGCAGAAUUCUUCGCCAAAAACCCGGGUGUUCUUCCGUUAAGUUACAUCUAUGCUAUUUUAAGUCUUGCGGCUUUGGGCCCAUUCAAUUCCCCCCAUGCUGUCCAUUCACGUCGGGUUCCGUCUGUGGGUGGUUAUGAUCAGGACAGUGUCUCCCGCCGUCCAAUCAUUGUACUUCUCAUUGGAUGUUUCAGUGCGGCAGUGUUUGGAGGGAUACAUUGUUUGGGCUGGAAUUAUUUGUUUCGGUGGCACGCAGAGCAGAUACUAUGGCGUACGGCUUCCCUUGCGAUAGUAUUAGCAUCGGUAUCUAAUUUUCUGCUGUUUGGCUCUAUACUUAUGACGAGCGGUUUGAACGGGCUUAAGGAAACAUUCAAAGUUAGCAAGAGAUUCAUUGCGUUCGAAUUUGCCACCUCUUGCAUAUAUAGUGUUGCACGCCUUACACUAGCUGUACUUAUGUUGAUGAGCUUUCGAUCGCUACCUCCUGGCACAUAUGAUACAGUAGCCUGGACCAGGUUCAUUCCACAUUUGUAGUUUCCUUUUACAUACGUCACAGUUAUGGUUAUGAAGUUGCUGU